AUGGGUGGAUUCAGGAUGACUACGGCUCUUGUUCAUCACGAACUCAGGACUAGGUCAACAGCCUUAGGCAAGUCCCUAGUCUUAACAGAUCCAUUCAUAAUAAUCUCACGACAUUCUGUUAAAUGGAUUGGAAGAUAUUUGGCUAAAAAACUUUUGGAGUGUGAUGCAUCUGUAGUUGCUCUCUGUCAAAGUGAAAAUGACUUGGCUUCGUUAAAAGGAGAAGUUCCUGAUAUUACUACCAUUGCGGUUGAUAUUACUGAUACUGAAAAAAUGACCAGUCUGGUCGAGGGUCACGGCCCUUACCAUGGUUUGGUUAAUAACGCCGCCUUCGUUGAACUGCAGCCAUUUCUCGAAGCAACUCCUGAAUGUAUUGACAGCCAAGUCGUUGCCAAAUCAAUGAUCGACAAUGAAAUUCAAGGCAGUAUAGUAAACGUAUCAUCACAAGCGUCAUUGAUUGCACUCAAAGACCACGCUGUCUACGGCGGCACAAAAGGAGCUUUGGAUAUGGUUAGCAAAGUGAUGGCUUUGGAGCUGGGUAGCCAAUAUUGCAUCAGAGUUAAUUGCGUCAACCCCACGAUCGUAUUGACGGAAAGGGGGAUAGGAAGGUGUUUAGCUAAGAAGCUGACCGAGUGUCAUGCAGAAGUAGUAGCUCUCUCACGGACUGCAAAACACUUGAAUUCGUUAAAAAAAGAAGUCCCUGAAGUCACUACGAUUGCGGCUGAUGUAACAGAUACUGAACAAGUGACGUGCUUGAUCGAGGAGCACGGCCCAUUUCAUGGUUUGGUUAAUAACGCUGGGAGCAAUUUUCUUCAACCAUUUUUGGAAGUAACACCUAAGUGUUUUGACAAGUUAUUCGAUGUUAACGUUAAAGCACCAAUCUUAAUCAGUCAAGCUGUUGCUAAAGGGAUGAUCGACAACAAAAUUGGUGGCAGUAUAGUAAACGUUUCCUCACAGGCUUCGUUGAUUGCACUCCAUGAUCACACAGUCUACUGCGGGUCAAAAGGAGCUCUAGACACUAUUACCAAAGUAAUGGCCUUGGAACUGGGAAAAUAUUGCAUUAGGGUCAAUUAUAUUAUUGAAGUGGUCAACGCAAUCAUUUACUUGCUAAGUGACGCCUCCAGUAUGGUCAAUGGUGUGAUGCUUCGCGUUGAUGGAGGAGCUACAGCUAAUUAAACUAUUCAAUUUUUCUAUGAUGAAUGUAAUUAAUGUCAUUAUUUAUGAAUUAAAAAAAAAAAACAAAUAAUCAUUACCUGUAUUAAUAGAAGUGCUGUAAAUAUCAUUUGUGCAGUUAUUGUUUUUUCUAGCAUUAUCUUCUUAUUGUAGGAGUCCUCAAACUUUUUCUACCUAAAGAUACAGGUAUAUAUAGGUAGUGGAAAAAACUUAUUUAUGAUUAUCUUUAAUUUUAUUUGUUAAUAACAAAAAAAUUAACAUAGAAACAAAA